CAAGCUCUACACAUACACUCACUCCCCCUGUCUCUCACAUUCAUACACACUGUCUUUCUCUCUCUCUCCCCCUGUGACUAUCUCUAGUUUUGAACGUUCCCUUUAAAUACCCUCCCUAACGGGAAAUAACGGUAGUAAGCUGCCUGCUACCGUCCGGUCAGGCUAUCCGAUUUCUCUACGGUCAGUGAAUUUACGUGCAGUCGGACAGGUGCUCGUGCUUUGCGAUGAGAACGCUGUUGAUAUCACUCCUCUGGGUCCUCGGCGGGGUGGAGGAGACCGUGGCCGUACCUGCUGUAGGCCGACAUGCCACGAGAGAGUUCUACAUCGCCGCGGUUGAGAUUGGUUGGGACUAUCUUUACUGGGGCAGCGCUGACUCGUCGGAACAAAGGAGGAGGACCAAGGAUCCCCCUCAGAAAUACAUAAAAGCUGUUUAUAGAGAAUACACUGAUUCCACAUAUUCAGUCCCCAAACCUACAUCAACAUGGGCAGGUAUUCAGGGUCCGGUGAUCCAUGCCCAGGCCAGUGACAGGGUGGUAGUGCACUUUAAGAACCUGGCGUCCCAGCCCUACAGUAUCAGCCCUGUGGGGGUCAGCUACUGGAAACAGUCUGAGGGGGCCGGAUACGAUGACGCCACGUCUAGCCAGGAGAAGGAGGAUGAUGCGGUUGCUCCAGGAGGAUACUACAAGUACGUCUGGGACAUCAACCCUAAUGACGGUCCGACCGUGGGAGACCCAGAAUGCCUCACCUACUCCUACUCCUCCCAGGUGGACACUGUACAAGACUUCAACUCUGGGCUCAUCGGGGCUCUGCUCAUCUGCAAAUCAACUGCAUUUACAGAUAAUGGAGUUCGGAAAAGCAGAGAGUUUAUUCUGCUCUUUGCUGUUUUUGAUGAGAGUAAGAGCUGGUACGGAGAGGUGGGGAGUUUCCGGGAAAGAUUUAAGAAGGCCAAUGCAAGAAAACAGUACCACACUAUCAAUGGAUACGUCAACUCAACUUUACCAGGUCUGACAAUGUGCCAGGGACGAGAUCAUGUGUUCUGGCAUCUCAUUGGAAUGGAAACGUCUCCAGAGAUCCACUCUAUACAGUUCCAGGAUCACACUCUGCAGGUGAUGGCCCACCGUAAGGUUACUGUGGAGAUGACUCCAAUGACCUUCACCACAGCGGAGCUGAAGCCCAGCACUCAGGGGAAGUUCCUCAUCAGCUGUCAGAUCCAAGCAAACAGCCACGUGGGCAUGAGUGCAGUCUUUGAGGUGGAGGACUGCCCAGAGCCUGUGACGGUGCCCGGUCCUGACGUGCGUCGGGUCCAGCAGUCUGAGAAUGAGGAGGACUAUGAAUAUGGAGAUGACAUGUUUGAGUUAUUUGUGUUCAAGCCUGUGAAAAGUCGAGCUGUGGGGCGCUCUCGAGGGGGGAAGAACAAAGUCUGGGUCCAUUACAUUGCUGCUGAGGAGAUCAGUUGGGAUUACGCACCCCACCUCAGCCAGGGAGACAGUCAACUGUUAUCGGAAUACUUUCCCAGGGGGCCUCAUCAGCUGGGUCAUGAAUAUAAGAAGGUGGUGUAUGUAGAAUAUACUGACCAGACCUUCACCAAGAGGAAAUCACCUGUUAAAAGACUGCUGGGACCACUGCUCAGAGGACAGGUGGACGAACACUUCCAGAUAGUGUUCAAGAACCUGGCAAGUCGUCCUUUCAACAUGUAUCCAAACGGCCUCACCAGGAUUUCUCCACUGAGGAAAACAGAGAACGAGGGUGAAAAAGACCUACGUUCCCUGGCUGUACCCCCCAACGGGACAUAUGGGUAUGUGUGGAAACUAACAGCAGAGGAUGGGCCCCUGGAGGGAGACCCCCAGUGUCUGACCCGUCUGUACCAGAGUACCAUCAACCCUGAGAGAGAUCUGGCCACUGGCCUCAUAGGACCCCUCCUCAUCUGCAAGAAGGACUCCAUGGACACCAGGGGGCGGCUGGUGGGCCCAGAUAAAGUGAAGCAGUUGAUGUUCGCUGUGUUUGAUGAGAACAAGAGUUGGUACAUCAAUGACAACAUUCAGAAGUACAGCAGAGACCCCUCCAUGGUCAACCCUACAGACCCUGACUUCUACAACUCCAAUGUCAUCUACAACGUGAACGGGAUUAUGUUCAACGAGCAGAGGGUCCAGGUGUGUAAGGAUGACGUGACCUUCUGGCACCUGUCCAACGUGGGGACGCAGAGCGACUUCUUGUCCGUCUACUUCACAGGAAACCCCUUCAUGAAGGACAACGUGUACGAGUCCGUCCUCACACUCUUCCCAAUGUCCGGGGAGACCGUUACCAUGGAGUCUCAGCUAAUCGGUGAGUGGGAGAUCAGUGCGUUCGACAGCCGCCUGAAAAGCCGUGGCAUGAGCGCCCGCUACUCCGUCCUGUCUUGUAACAUUGAACUGCUGGUGGACAAUGAAGAUGUAGAGUAUGGCCUGGAGGACGUCCUGCCUGACUACGUAGACCACUUCUUCAAACCCAGAUCCCUCCACCCCCAGCCACAGAACAGGACCGUAGCUGUCAGAGUCUGCAGGAAGCAACCUGGCUUAAACCAGAACACAACAACACCGCAAACAGGAAAUGACACAGAUAACGAAGUCGCCAUCGGAGAAUCAGGGGACCACGGGUCUGAUAACAAUGUCACAUUUAAGGCAGGGGACCAGAGGUCAAUCUGUGAGGUCAGGUAUGUGACGGUGUCGUCUGCUGAUGAGGAGGCCAACCUGCUUUCCCAGGGAGGGAUCCCCACAGAUGUUCUAGAGCAACUGGAGAAGGACGGGGAGUGGAAGGCUUCAGAGAACCAGGAGGGAGGGGACCUGGGUGGGGAGCAGGGGGGGAACGGGAGACAGAGACGCCAGGCCGGGUUGGAGGGUGGAGAGAAUGGAGAGCGCAACAAGCUGGUGGAGAAUUGUGAGGAGGAGGUGCUGAAGGAGUGGAAGGGUCAGGUGUAUGGGGAGGCACUAGAGCAGGAGCAGAAGGUGGAGGUGUUGGAUCAGCAGGAGGCGCAGGGUGAGGGGUUCUUAAAGGUGCAGGAGCAGAUGGAGAGGCAAAAGGGCGAGCUGGAUCGAGAUUCACAUCCCCUAACCACCAAUCAUGCAGAUAAGGACCCUCUACUCUUGGAGUUAGACGGAUGGAUAGAUCUAGACCCCCUGAACAAAACUUUGGAAGCUCUCCCGGAUCAGCUGAAAGUGCAGCAGCAGAGGGAGGAGCAGAAGGUGGAGGUGUUGGAUCAGCUGAAGGUGCAGCAGCAGAGGGAGGAGCAGAAGGUGGAGGUGUUGGAUCAGCUGAAGGUAGAGGAGCAGAAAGCUGGGGAUGUGCAUCCCCUAAGCAACAACACUCACACAGAGCUGGACAGACCUCUACUGGAUUUGUUGGAUCUAAACUUCUCCAAUGUCUCCAAUGACAACGAGACGGCUCCCAGGAACGCAGUGUCUCUGGAGUAUGAUGACUAUAGUGAGGAAGACACUGGGACAGCCUACAUAGGGACAGAGGACAACCUGGACCUGAGGACCACAGAUGGACAAUACCGCAGCUACUACAUCGCUGCACAGGAGAUCUCAUGGGACUAUGGGAUCAGGAAACCACAUCAGCUCAUAAAAACAAGAGAGAGGCGUAGGGGAAUGAGGAAGUUCCUGGCGGAAUAUAAGAAGGUGGUGUUCAGGGCCUACAGUGAUAGAGACUUCCAGAUCCCCGUCACCAGAGGAGAGCUGCAGGAACAUCUGGGACUCAUGGGCCCUAUCAUUAAAGCUGAGGUCAACGACCUCCUUACCGUGACCUUCAAGAACAUGGCCUCCAGGCCGUACUCCCUGCACCUUCAUGGGGUGUAUGAUAAGAGCCAGGGUGAUGGUCAGUCCUCCGGGGCUGGGGUGGCGGGGGUCCCUGGGGAGGCGGUCCAGCCUGGAGAGGUCAGGGUCUACACCUGGAGGAUCACCAGGAAGCAGGGGCCCACCGCUGCAGAGUUUGACUGUAAGGCCGGGGCCUACUAUUCUACACAGAAUAAGGAGAAGGACCUCCACUCUGGUCUGAUUGGCCCCUUAGUAAUCUGUAAACCAGGCACCCUCCACCCCCAACUGAACCUACAGCCCAACCUACAGGAGUACGCCCUCCUCUUCCACACCUUCGACGAGACCAAGAGCUGGUACCUGGACGAGAACAUCCGUCGGUACUGCACCCCACCCUGCCAGGCCCAGAAAGAUGACCCCUGGUUUCAGCUCAGCAACAAGUUUGCAGCCAUAAACGGCUACGUGGCAGAGACACUUCCUGGUCUGACUGUAGCCCAGCACCAGCAAGUCAGGUGGCACCUGCUGAACGUCGGGGGCGACGGGGAGUAUCACACCGCCCACUUCCACGGUCUGCCCUUCAGCAUUCACAAGGAGCAGGAGCAUCGCAUGGGGGUGUACAACCUCUAUCCUGGUGUGUUUGGAACAGUGGAGAUGAGGCCGGCCACGGUGGGGACCUGGAUGGUGGAGUGUACAGUAGGAGAGCACCAGCUGGCCGGCAUGAGGGCUAAACUACUGGUCUACAACCCACGAUGCAUCCAGCCUCUGGGGUUGAGGUCAGGAAGAAUAGACGAUUCUCAGAUCACUGCAUCAGACCACAUAGGUAACUGGGAGGCCAGGCUGGCGAGGCUGGAGCUAUCUGGUUCUGUCAACGCCUGGAUGGGCGCGGAUCAGAAAUCAUGGAUCCAGGUGGACCUCCAAAGACCCACACUGAUCCAUGGGAUCCAGACCCAGGGUGCAAGAGCCUCUCUGGGCCUGAAGGACUACUUCAUCAUGUACUUCACCCUCUCCUACAGCCUAGACCAGGAGACCUGGACUAACUACAGGGGGAACAGCACCACGCCAACUUACAUAUUUAACGGUAAUCUGGAUGGCUCCAAGGUGAAGGAGAACCAUCUGUCUCCCCCCAUCCUGGGGCGCUACAUCAGACUGCAGCCUGUCACCAUCCAGAGGAACCCUGCUCUUCGCAUGGAGCUGCUGGGCUGUGACGUCAACAGCUGCUCCUUCCCCCUGGGUCUCCAGAGGAGGUUGGUUCCAGACAGCAGCUUCAGAGCCUCCUCCUUCCUGCAGACUUGGAGGCUCUCCUGGGGCCCCGCCCUCGCACGCCUCCGCCAGGAUGGCAGCGCCAAUGCAUGGCGCCCCAAGGCCAAUAACCCCCAUGAGUGGCUGCAGGUGGACUUCCUGGUUAUGAAACGCAUCACAGGGGUCGUCACUCAGGGGGCGUGGUCUAUUCUGACUCAGAUGAUGGUGACAGAGUUCUCUGUAACCAUUAGCGACAACGGCCACUCCUGGUCCAACGUGGUUGACGAGGGAACGCAAAGAGAGAAGAUGUUCUUGGGGAACAGUGAGCCAGAUGAGGAGAUGUUGAACCUCUUUGAUCCUCCUCUGUUUGCCCGCUUCAUACGGAUCCACCCCAGAAGCUGGCUCAACGACAUAGCCCUGCGCCUGGAGUUCAUGGGCUGUGACACCCAGCAGCGACACUGAGAGACAGGGCAGGGGUCCCCACUGUGCAGCUCCACACUCAAGCCCACCUCAUCUUUGUCUCUUCUAUUUAAUGAGCAUAGCAGUGACGUGAUGAUCAUGAAAUAGUCAUGUCAUUGAUGGAUGAACAGAGUGAGUGAAGUUUAAAAGGUUUGUUUAGCUAGGAUCAGAGUCAUAAAUGAUAUGCUGUUGUAGGAAGUGUCUAUUGAUGAGCUUCAACUGAGAAUAGCUCUUAGGUCUGGUCCCUCCACUAUCAACAGUAUAACACAUUACGUCAGUUUAUGAAGACUGAGUCUCAGACGGUUUGUCUCGUACAAUAUAUACUACUACAAACACUAUGACUUCAGACAUUCCAGAUGUGAUCCAAUACAUGUCAAUAGUACAGUAUAACAAUUAUUUCUGUCUGGAUGUUUACUGACUACAGUAAUCUGUACAGUACUGUAUGUAUAUGCAAUGUAUCAUAUGCACUGAGGGGAGAGGGAUAGAGUUUAUAUUGUUAAAUAAAAUUGGAAUUAUAUCAA